AUGGCUGGAGGAUCCCUUGUCUUCGCCUCUAGCCUCCAAGGCCCGGACUCCGCCUUGGCCUGUCGACCUAGCGGCUUCACCAUGGCUCCUAGCUACCUUCUCUCCGCAGUGGUCCACCAGCUCCGCCAGGCUCCCUCAUCCCUCCGGCUCCGCCUUUUUUCAGACGUCCAGUUCGGUGGACUGGGCUCCAGGGUCACACUCACAUGCAGAGGCGCUCACGGCGGGUCUCCAGUGGAAUGGCGGUUGAAUGGGAGCUCAGUACCGCCGUGGCAAACACACAAGGGCUCGCUUACGCUACUGAACACCACACACUCGAUGGAAGGCAACUACAGCUGCUAUGGUGAACGAGGAACUUUACUGCAGUCCAUCAAACUACGCCUGGGUCAUCCGCCUCAUUUCGUCAGAGUGUCUUGUCGUGUGCCGAAUCAUAUGAAAAUCUACUGCUCCUGGGUACAAACUAAGACAACACACCUGCCCACAUUAUACAGAACCUCCUACAGGUGCGGUCUCAUCUCGUUUUGGCUGGAGACAGAGGAGAACACAAGCCUAAAGAUCAUGGACGCUCUAGUGGGUAGCCUGCAUCAGAUCCAGAUCAGAGCUCAGGACGCCCUGAUCAACCACAGCCAGUGGAGUGAAUGGAGUCAUGUGGUAGAAGCCCAGCCGUGGAUCGAGCCUUGGAAAGAGCCAACAGAGGAACCGGUGGAUUUUAGCUUUCCAUUUUUCAACUCAUUUCCAGUGAGGACGACAGACAAGUCUCCAGAUUCAUCGUUACACCAGACUGGAAGCCUCGGACUGUUGAUUUUGUUGGGUCUGUUUGCAGCGGUCAUGGUGGCUAUGUUAUUAACUAUCAUCACACUUCUAUGGGUCAGACAGAGAAGACAGGACAAUGUGAAGAAACAAGAACUGGCUUCCAUGGUGAAGAUGAAGUCCAUACCGAUCUAAAAUUUGAGAAGAUGGCCCUCUUCAGUUCGGCCCUCAUAGGGCAUCAGUAUAGGGAAUCAGCACCACUGACAGACUCCAUUACCCACAAUCCACCUCUCCUCUCGGCCUCUCAGAGGAUGGGCUCUGAGUCGCGUGCACUGUGAACAUGUACAGUCUCUAAUGUAGCACAAUGCAAUGGAAAAACACAAGGAUUUCCUUCCUCCUUUACUUUUCUCUGCUCACAGCAAAUUCUUGGACAAUGAAAAACAUAUUUUUGGAUUGCUCUUUCUUCCCGAUAUCCCCCGCACUCCACUGGACUCCACUUGUGACACAUGCAGUGCUGUGAAAAGCCUCGUUUGGCCGGAUGUGCACAGCAUACGGGGCAUUAUGGAGAAAGUGGCUGGCGAAAAAGACACUCUGUAAGCUUUAGACAGCUGCUAUCUUUGGAAGACAGAAAGUUGGCUGUCUUGGCUCUCCAGCGAUGGACGCGGUGGUCUUUCUGUGGAGAGACAAAGACUGCUUUGUCUUUCUUCCUGCAUGAUUUCUUCUCGGCGCUCAUGACAGGUGGACACAUCUGCAGUUGAUUGGCUUCAUCUGGUUAGUUUCUAACCAUCUAAAGCAUCAAGUUCUCAGUAAUAAACUCCCAUAAAAUGCAUUUCAUCAUGACAUCAGCCUCGGAUUUCAUGUCUUGACCGUAAACGCCAGCAAACACGUAACUUCAAGUGAGCUGGCGUUCAACAAAACAGGACUUCAAUGCAAUAAAUGCAUUUCAUUUCUCUUGACUUUUUUUUUUGGGGCAUUUUCUCUGCAUUGAAUGGAGACAUGAAUGUAAACCAGUCUUACAGUGUCACAUAUACACAUGUGUAAGGUGAUUAAAGCUGAUUGUUUCUAUGUUGAAGCUAAUAGAUAUUCACGAUAUUAAAUUCUAUUGAAGCUCAUCUAUAAAAUGAUAUUGUUAUACAUGUAUGCAGUUAUAUUGUAUGAUAGUUUGUAUACAGCAUACUGGUCUGUUGUACAUUGCUCUCCAGUGACAUAAAGCUCAAUGCAUGCAUUUGUGUAGUUCUUUUAAAAUAUAUGAUUUUAUUGAAUUAUAAGAUUUUAGUAUGCAUAUCUUUCCUAUAGGUACAAAUAAACAAAACUAAGCACGGUUGUCCAAAGAAAGACGUAAAGCGGUUAUUGUCAAGUCUGGAAUAUGUAUCUACGGAAGCUUGUUUUGUUUCGUUUUUAUCUGUGGGAUAAAAAACUAUGAAAACGGUAAUUGUGACUUUUUUUUUU